AUGAGCAGCGCAUCCCCAAGGCCCGAGCCACUUCCUGGAACAAAAAUGUCAUCCUCCCCACCACAAUCGAAGUUCGGUGGGACUGGGAGCAAUUCUUUUGUUUUAAAAAUUGUUGUGGAGGCAUUUUUCUACACAAAUGCUGAUGGUAGAAAGAGCUAUGUGAAAGGAAGGACUAUGGUAUGGACGGUAGACAUAGAUAAGUUCAGUAUUGGUGCUCUAACACAUCAGCUAGCUGUAGAAUUGAACAUUGGCAACAAUCAAUUGGUGUCAGUUUGGUAUUAUGACAAAGUCUUGGGUCAAGAAGUCCAACUAUUAUAUGAGCAGCAACCCUCUUUGAUGUUUGAGAUGUAUGCAGCCGAGCUGAAUGUGCCACUUACUGUGGUAGUGAUGGAUGUAACUGGAUCCAGUGCAUCCAAUUCUGCUGAAAAACGUGUAGAGUUUGUUCCGAUUAGUGAUGUACCUGCUGAUGACCCACUGGUUAUUGGCACUAAAAGCAGUCCAGGUACAACAACUCAGCCUGCACACCAGCCUACAACUGAGAGUGUCACAUCAGAGGUUGGCAGUACAAGCCAGCCCAAUGUGGCGCAAGCUGACCAAACACAACAGCCCGAAAAUCCUUUCAAUCCAUUUGAUAAUGAGGAGGAGUAUGUUGGCGUUGAUGAUGAACACCUAGUUGGUGUUAGCAUUCCAGAACAUAUAGUGGAAGCAUCCUCUGUAGCACCUGAGGAGGAAGCAUCUAAUGCAGCUGAAGAUGAUAUGGAUCCAGAUGAUGUGAAGCAUCUUAUGCAGCAGGAGGAAGAGGCUUGGGCAGGUAUGAAGCUAGCUCUAGAACAAAUGCAUGGUAAAUAUGAGGAAAGUUUUCAGUUGUUGUUCAAUUGGAAAGCAGAAAUUGAGAAGAGGUGCCCUGGCAGUAUAGUUGAAAUUGACUUGGUGAAGGAAAAAGACAAAUACUAUUUCAAUAGAGUCUUUGUAGCAUUCAAACCAUGCAUAGAUGGUUUCUUAGCUGGUUGUCGACCAUACAUUGGAGUAGAUGAAACCGCGCUGAAUGGAAAAUAUGUUGGACAGUUAGCAUCAGCUACUGCAGUAGAUGGGCAUAACUGGUUGUACUAUGUAGCAUAUGCUAUAUUUGAUUCAGAAACUAAGGAUAACUGGGUAUGGUUUAUGCAGCAGCUGCGUAGGGCUGUAGGAUGUCCACACGGGCUAGUAAUUUCCAGCGAUGCCUGCAAAGGAUUAGAAAUUGCAGUUGGUGAUGUAUUUCCUGAGUGCGAAUACAGGGAGUGUAUGAGGCAUUUAUACCAAAAUUUCAUGAAAAAAUUUCAUGGUAAAGUAUACACAGAUCAUCUAUACCCAGCUGCUAGGGGAUUCACAGAGCACAAGUUUAGAUGGCAUAUGCAGAAAAUAUUUGAGGCUGAUCCAAAGGCUAUUGAGUAUCUUGAGACUCACCACAAUAAGAUUUGGCCUCAAUUUGUGUGA